AUGGGUUAUGACUUCACCAUCGAGUACAAACCAGGGGCUCAAAAUGCAGGUGCUGAUGCUUUGUCCCGUCUAGAGUGUUUUGCUUUAUUUAUACCUCAUUGUGAAUUUUUUGUUGAACUCAAGAAAGUACUUUUGGAGGAUCCUAAACAUGGUUGCAUUUUGAGGGAAUUACAACACGGAACAGUCCACCCUUACUUUCGUGUACAUGACAAUCUCCUUUACUGGAAGGACCGUUUGGUAUUCCUUGCCACAUCUCCUCUUACUCUCCAAUUGAUACGUGAAUUUCAUGACUCUCCAAUUGGUGGUCACUCGGGGUUCUUGCGCACCUACCAGCGUUUGUUGGCGCUAGGGGUGUGUCAGCAAGAUAAAUACUCUCAGUCAUUACUUGCUGGUCUAUUGAACCCAUUGCCUAUUCCCGACAAGAUUUGGGAGGAUGUAGCAAUGGAUUUUGUCACCGGUUUGCCCCCUGUAGGGGAUGUUGCCGAGGAAGUGGUCCUUGCUACCGGGCGGGCUACCCCUGUUGCUAAGGAGGUGAUCCGGGCUGUUGUACCUGCUAUCCCGGUUGGCAAGGCAGGGAACGUCGCCGGGGUUUCAGAUCCUCCGAUCUCAGGGGCGCCAGAAGGGAAUCCUUCCGUGGUCGAGCAGGGGGUACUUGCGUCUACUUCUGUCGAGGCCCGUAAGGAGGGGUCGAGCUCCGGGAUCCCUGGACCUGCUAUAGUGCUGAAGCCGAAGCGGCCGUAUCUUGCGUACCGCUAUGCGCAAGAGGGCGCGCCCAUGCGGUUAGAGCAUUUGAGUGCGUCGGAAGAGGUCGACACUCUGUGGAGCGCCGCGGUGACUCCGGAGAAGUUUUUCCCAAAGGGGUCGCUGAGCACGGCUGAUCAGGCGAUGAUCGAGUCGGCCGGGCUGAUGGGGAGUUUCGAGGCCGCCCAGAUCUUCUUGCAGAGAGGCACGACCAUUGUGGAUUACUGGAAACACAAGUGGUCGAGGCAUCAGGAGAUUCUCCAGCUUGCUGACCAUAAGCGUGUUAAUGUGGAGUUUCAAGUUGGUGAUAUGGUGUUCGUGAAACUCCAACCUUACAGACAAGUGACAUUACGUGCUCAUCGUCAUCAAAAGCUAGGUUUACGUUAUUUUGGACCGUUUCCAAUUGUGGAACGUGUGGGUAAGGUUGCCUAUAGGUUGUUCCUUCCUCCCUCUGCUCGGAUUCAUGAUGUUUUUCAUGUUUCCAUUUUGAAGAAGUGUAUAGGUGAACCAAAUCAACAAUAUUUUCCCCUCCCUUUGACAAUUGCAGAAGAUGAAUCGCUGCCAAUUCCAGUUCAGGUUUUAGAUUUUCAUCGGAUUCUCCAACAAGGAAAUUGGGUUGCUCAAGUUUUGGUACAAUGGUCCAAUUUUCCAACACAAGACAGUACUUGGGAGUUUAUUGUUGAUAUGUAG